AUGGCUUUCAUUGAUGAUGAUGAAGAUGAAGACUUUGUACUUCAAUCUGCCUCAAGCUAUUAUCUUGAAGACGACGACAAAACUCCGGUGUCCUUUGCUCGUCUUCCAGUUCAAUGGAGUGACAAGGAGAAAGUAGAUGGUAGUGCAGCUGGUAUCUACUUGCGAGGAACAGCUGAAAAUGGUCUUCUGCCUCUUCAUCGGCUUGUCAAGGCCUGGAGAUUUGACCUGAACAACUUCAGACCGGAGAUUUUUGUUCUUACGAAAGACAAUAAGUGGGUAAAGCUUGAGAAGCCGAGGAAAAGCUUUGAGGGAUUGAUAAGAAGUGUUUUGAUAACGGUUCAUGCCCUUCAUUUUCUUCGGAGGAAUCAACAAGCGUCUGAUAAAUCUCUCUUGGAGCAUUUAUCUAAGAGUUUCAAGGCAAAUGAUGUGAAGCCAUCACAGAAUGAUUUGGUGGAUCACAUUGAUCUAAUCGCUGAAGCUGUUAAAAGAGAUGUUAAUUUGGCGAAAUCAAAGUUUAUACUUACAUUUCUUACAAAGAAGCCUACCAAGAAGAGAUUACCUGAUGAGAACAAUCCAAAGGAUGAUUUCAUAGUUGGAGAUGAUGACGCAACUGUAGCUUCAGAUCAAGAUGAAUCAGAUGAUGAAGACGAUGAUUUUUUUGAGUCUGUUUGUGCAAUUUGUGACAAUGGUGGCGAGCUUUUGUGUUGUGAAGGAAGCUGCCUGAGAUCAUUCCAUGCUACCAGACAAGAUGGUGAAGAUUCACUUUGUGCUUCUCUUGGCUUCACCAAAAUGCGAGUGGAAGCAAUUCAGAAAUACUAUUGCCCAAACUGUGAGCAUAAGAUACAUCAAUGCUAUAUUUGCAAGAAGCUUGGCUCCUCUGAUAACUCUUCUGGGAAAGCAGAGGUUUUCCAAUGUGUGUCAGCCACCUGCGGCUACUUUUACCAUCCUCGUUGUGUCACAAAACAACUACGUUUAGGAAAUAAAGCAGAGGAUGAAGCACUAGAGAGACAAAUCAUUGCAGGGGAGUUUACAUGCCCAUUGCACAAAUGCAGUGUCUGUGGCAACGGAGAGGUUAAAACUGACCCUAACUUGCAAUUUGCUGUAUGCCGGCGUUGUCCAAAGUCCUACCACAGAAAAUGCCUGCCGCGGCUAAUUUCUUUUGAAGAUAUUGACGACGAGGAUAUAAUUACAAGGGCAUGGGAAGGUCUCUUGCACAACCGUGUACUCAUAUAUUGCCAAGAACAUGAGAUAGAUGAGGAGCUCCUGACACCGGUUAGGGACCAUGUUAAAUUUCCUUUUGAAGAAGAGCAGAAGGUUUUAAUGGCACAGAAAAGAAAGAUACUGGAUUCACAUGUGGGAAGAGACAAAGCGAGACCUAAGACUAAUGAGAUUGCUUCACGAGAAACUUGUGGAAAAGCUUCUGUAAAACCAGUUAGAAGUUCGUUUCCUUCUUCAAAAGAUGGUGUCUCCGCAAAGAAGCAUGGAUUAGUCUCGUCCGUACCAGAUCAUUUGAGGAAACGAAAGGAGAUUCAUCCAUCCAGAAAGUCUUACUUAGAGCCAAACAAAUCCCAGAGGAUGAUGGAUUAUGGAGAGUCCCGUGAAGCUGGAAAAAACAAGGUCGUGAAAGAGACACGCAAAGGUGAUAGAAGCAAGGUUUCACUGGGUGAGAGGCGUGUGGUUCCAGUUGAUAGGAAGCAAACUACGACCGACUCAAUUGCCUCCAAGGAGCCAGGAAGUGAAGUUCCGACACUAGACAUUGACUCUCAAAGGAGGCUAUUGGCAAUAAUAAAAAAAUCUGCAGAAGAAAUAAGUAUGGAAACUGUUUUAAAGAAAUACAAGAAUCCAUAUAGGUAUUCAAACUCCACAAAGAAUGCUUUGGACAAGACGAUCACUAUGGGGAAGGUAGAGGGCUCAGUUCAGGCUGUCAGAACAGCACUAAAAAAGCUCGAGGAAGGAGGAAACAUUGAGGAUGCAAAAGCAGUUUGUGAGCCAGAGGUUCUGAGCCAAAUCCUCAAGUGGAAGGAUAAGCUCCAAGUUUAUCUUGCUCCUUUUCUCCAUGGUGUACGCUAUACCUCCUUUGGUCGUCAUUUUACUAAACCCGACAAACUUCAACAGAUUGUAGAUAGGCUCCAUUGGUAUGCAGAAGAUGGUGAUAUGAUUGUCGACUUCUGUUGUGGUGCUAAUGACUUUAGCUGUCUGAUGAAAGUGAAGCUUGAAGAAACGGGGAAAAAGUGCUCAUAUAAAAAUUACGAUCUUUUUCAAGCGAAGAAUGAUUUCAAUUUUGAGAGAAGAGAUUGGAUGACUGUACGGAAAGAUGAGUUGAUAGAUGGUUCAAGGCUGAUUAUGGGGCUAAAUCCACCAUUUGGAGUCAACGCUUCUCUGGCAAACAAUUUUAUUACUAAGGCUCUUCAGUUUCGCCCAAAGAUUCUCAUCCUCAUUGUUCCUCCCGAGACUGAAAGGUUAGAUAAAAAGGACUAUGUGCUUAUAUGGGAGGAUGAGACAUGCCUAUCUGGACAGUCAUUUUACCUGCCUGGAUCUGUCAAUGAAGAAGACAAAAAAUCAGAUAGCUGGAAUAAAGUUUCUCCACCACUCUCUCUCUGGAGUCGGUCCGACUAUGCUGCCAAGCACAAGAAAAUAGCAGAAAAGCAUUACCAUUUGUCUAGGGAUGUGGGGAGCUCACAGUUAAAGAAAAUUGAAGUAGCAAACGCAUCUUUGCAUCCACUUGGAGCUUCUGAAGGCAUAUGUAAUGUUAAUUCUAUGCCGAGAGAUAGUCCUUUUGAAAAUGGUGAGAAUUCCAGAUUGGAAAACGAAGACAUUCCUAUGGAAAUAAAUGAACUCGAGGUAGCUGAGUGUGUUAAUAACAUUCUGCUCUCUGAGAAAACCGAAGCACGGGAAACAGUUGCAUGUGUAAAUCAUGAGUCAGAUCACUUGCCAAGGAGAAGUCAGCUCGAAAAAGAAGAAAAGACCAAAGACUACUCUGGUAGGAUGCUUGGGAAGUCUGUGGAUUCUAAUGACGUGGAUUGGAAGAGCAAUGACAUGGAAGAGAAUCGUGGAGAGUUAAAUAGAGGACUGGAGGGCAUUGAAGGAAAAAACCCCGAGAUGACAUCUGAUUGGCAGAGUCCUGUGAGGUCUUCUGAUGAUAUAUACGCUGUCUGCGAAUCACUUUCCAACACGACGCCUCAAAGAUCUCACGAGUUUGUAGAAGCAUCUCUGCCUGUAAUAACAAGGACAAAAGGUAAGUUGGGAAAGGCUGUUAGAGAACCUGAUAGCAAAUUGCGGAGCACUGGGAAACCUGAAGAGAUGCGGAAUAGGCCUGGAUCUUCAAGAUCUUCUAGAGCCGAUAUCUACACUGUUCGUCAAUCACCAGCAAAUACGGGUCAGACACCACGCGAAGCGUUUGAACCAUCUUAUGGUGAAUGCAUGUCCCAUUUCGACGAUGGUCUGGCUGCUAAGUAUGGUUUUGGUGGAGGCUACAGAAUGCCGGAUCCUCCUUAUAUACCGGAUCAGUUUCCACUGGCACCAGCUAUGAGGAAUGGUCCUAAUGAGAUGUUUGAUUACCGAGGAUACCCUGAUUUCAACAGAGGGAUGGAUACAAGAGGGUAUUUGCCGCGGUACAGUGGUCAGUUGGACCCCGUGUUAGCACCUCCUCCUCCAAAUCUGAUGGACAAUACAUUCCCGAUGCAACAACGAUAUGCGCCUCAUUUUGAUGGGAUGAAUUACCAGAGGAUGAACUCUUUCCCACCUCCGCCUCCAGUGCAACCUAGUGGACACAGUAUCUAUGAUCCUUCUGGCUUUCCGUUGCAACUGCCACCACCUGGAGACUUUAGGAUGAGUCCAAUGGGUUUUGCCCCUGGACCGAACUACCCUUAUACUGGUGGAUCUGGCGGUUGGGUUAACGACUAA